CUCUCUUGAACUAAGCCACUCUUUUAAAGGAGGUUAUUGUUUUCCAAUUUUUAAUUCUCUUCGUGGGAAAAUAUAUCUUGUGGAAUUUCUUAGACAAUCUCCGACAAACUUUUGAGGUUGCCAUUGGAUAUUCCUGGAUUUUUUUUUCUCUCAAAAGAUCGAUCAGGAUGAAUUGUUGGGUUUUUGACUGGGUAUAUCUCGUUCUUUGUCUCGUUAUAUACGAGACCGUUGGAGUUCCCCGCAAACCCGCCCUUCGUUUCCCCCGUCAAAUACCAAAUCCAGAGCUAUUUCAAGGCCGGAUAAUCAUCGGAUCAACGGCUUUUACCGAGCCGAUUAGCAACAGCAAAUGUGCCCAAGAAGUCGCAUCUUCGGAUACCGCGUUCCCAGGGUCAAUGUACAGAAAUUGUACAAUGGCUCCGAAAACUACACCACCGGCCCCCAUAUUUAGACGAGUAUCGGCUCCUGGAAUGCCCUAUUUCAUCACACACAACGUGCAAGUUAUGAUUCGAGUCAACGAAGGCGGUAAUGCUCAUUUCAAAUGCCGAGUUGCUGAUCUAGGGGACUAUCCUGUUGUCUGGUAUAAGAACAACAAAGGAAUAAGAAGUCUCAUCGCCUUUGGACCAUCGAUAGUGGAUCAAUCGCGACACUAUAUCAAAGAUGGCGACUUUUUCAAUUCGACCUUUGACCUUCGACUGAGAAAAGUUAGAAGGUCGGACGAGGACAUCUACGCGUGCUCUAUUCAGACGACCCCGCCCACAGAGCUGAAUUUUACUCUACUUGUGUCAUAUCCAGCAUCGGUUAGAAGGAUCCUCCCUAACGAGGCGCCCUACUGGAGUCCUGCCGAACCCAACCGGGUCUACUUUAACGAAUCAUCGAACGGGACACUCACGUGCCUCGUCGAUGGAUCCCCGGCCCCCAUUGUGACGUGGUGGAAAAAGGAUAGGCCUAGCCGGAUGACCAAGGCCAAUCACCUGAUUAUUGCGGCCAGUGAUAACAUUACCCUGUUAAAUAUAUCCCGGGAGCAGAGUGGACAGUACGUUUGCGACGCUGAGAAUGGAGUCUCGGGUCGUGACCCCCCUGACAGCAGGGUCAUUGAUGUCGUGGUUCAGUAUGCUCCCGAAGUACAGACCCUUUCUCCAGACAUUCGCGUCGGGGAAGGGAAGUAUCUUCUGCUCCAGUGCAACGUGAAAGCUGUACCGAAAGCCAGAUUCUAUUGGAUGAAAGACAAUAAAAACCUUACGCUUACAUCACAGAGUUCAGAUAACAGACUCGUCAUAAUAUCAUUGGAUCCGAGACGGGAUUAUGGAAACUACACAUGCGUGGCAUACAAUCGACUGGGGUCAUCAAAUACCACUAUUCAAGUCAGUGGACGCCCUCUGGCCCCUCAUGUUACCAGUAGUUUCCAUGGCACUCGCCGUCACAUCUACACAUUACGAUGGACACCUGGAGCUAAUCUUCAAGAGGCACUUCAGGACACCAUAGAGAUCGAAGCAUAUGAUAUUUACUACAGAAAAACAUGGAUUGAGGACGUAAAUGGACGAAGCAGCGUACGAUUCUAUCCAGAGCAGCCCUUAGCAGACACCGUGUAUCCUCGUCCCGACGCCUGGUCGGCCCAACAAACUUUCAUUCUCCGUGACCUCUCGGACGACAGCACCUACGAAGGACAGAUAUGUCCAAGGAACAUGUACGGCACUGGAGACUGCGCAGACUUCAAAUUCAGGACAAGACUCGAGGAUAUUGUUACCACUCUCCCACCCGAAGCAAGGCAAACGAUGCAGGAUACAGGUGGUAACUCCGGACUAUGGACGGCCAAAUCUGAUCAGUGGAGAUCGAGCGCACAUGUGAUAGCGCCCUCAUUGUUCGUAGCUCUCAGCGCUUCCUUUAUUUCGUCGCAUUUGUGUUCUCAUUAGAAAAAAAUCUAACUUUAAAGAAGAAGUAAAGAUGAUUAUAGCACCUCUUUAGCUUUACUAUUUUGUGAAAUUUAGCCUAUUAGUUUGGGUACCAGAAAACGAAGAAUAUAAUGGAGAAUUAGUGCCUAGUUAAAAUCAUGCAUAUAAUCCAAGAAUAAUUUACAUGUUUUUGACCAUCAGUCGAAUGUAGGCAAACCACAUUAAUCUACAAUUAACAUAUUGUUUUCAGUGCUUUUUUAGACUGUAAUUUAUGCUAAACUUACUAUAACAAUCAUUUUGCAAGUAUCCAAUCAUAGUUAUUAAUUAAUCGUAUGCAUGCUGGGAGUUGUAGCAUGCAACAGUUUACAUGGUAUUUUGUUUUAAU